GACAGCUACAGUAUACUUAUAUAUAAUAAAUAAAUCUUUAAAAAAAACCACACAACACCCUAAAAACACUUUUGUUUGACUAAUAGACUGCUAGAAGAAAAAAAAAAAAUAAUGUCCCUUCCUAUUGUAGACUCCCAGGGCAGUUAAUUAUGAAAACUGUGGAUCCUGGCCAGUGCUGGCCAUCAGAUCUCCACCUUGCUUAUUUUAGCCCUUCCCUUCCUGUUUCUCUCCUGUCAAGGCCUAAGGGGCCUAGAACAAGAAUCAGUCCUACUAAGGUAGAAACUGCCUAAGCAAAUGAGGACACUGAUCUUACCCACACCAGACCCAACACAUUCUCUGCCAGUCCUUUAGCCCCACACCCUUUUCACUUAGAAUGGUUCAGUCAAGCAGAGAAAUGAACAUCAAGUUUCACUGUUUUCCUUGGGCUGUAUUUCAGAUGUAUAAGAAGUACAAACUAAAGGAAAACAAGGGUAGUGGUUUAAUUACACAAGGCUAGAGUUGCUCAUUCUGUAAACAGUUACAACUUAACCUAUCUUAGGUAUUAUCUUGGUGACAUGUAUGAAAAGUUACGAUGCUUUCCUUUUCUGAAAACCAGCAACGUCGCACGCUUCUCAGUGCCAUGACCCUUCUGUAUCUGAUGCAGGCACAGUAUUUUUUUUCCCAAGACAGGGUUUUUCUCUUGUAGCUCUGGCUGUUCUGGCACUUAUUCUGAAGACCAAGCUGGCCUCAAACUCCACCUGCCUCUGCUUCCCAAGUGCUGGAAUUAAAGGAGUGUACCUACUGCCAUUGCCCAGCUCAGGAGCAAACGCACUGUAUCCAGCAGUUUACAGAUGGCAGAAGUGAAGUUGAUGUUCCGAGAAGUCCUUCCAAAACAAGGGCAGUUGUCUGUGGAAGAUGUAACCACAAUGGUGCUGUGUAAACCCAAGCUCUUACCCUUAAAAUCUCUGACUCUGGAAAAACUGGAGAAAAUGCAGCAAGCAACACAGGAUACUGUCCGCCAACAAGAAAUGGCAGAAAAAGACAACCGGCAAAUAACCCAUUAACCACUACCACUUUAGGGGAUGCCCCAUUUUUAACCCCUAACUGUUCAGUAACUAGAAACUAUUAUGCAUCUGUAGGCUAGAAAUACUUAAUCUGGACAUUCAAAAUUUUAAAACACAAAAUUUGGGUGUUUAAACAUUGGUUUCUGUUAAAAGGAAAACUUUGAACCAAGUGUUAUGGAAUUUUCAAAGUUUUAAAAUUAUAAAUUUCCCAUUUACCAUACUAUUGUUAUGAAUGUAAUACAUUAAAUACAUCUUUUACGGAUGAAGGAUUUAUUAGAAACUUGAAUCUGAAGAUAAACUCUAAUGUGAAUAUAUUGUUGGGCUUGUACAUUACCCAAAAAUAAACAUAAGCAAUUGUGUGCCA